AGGUCCUUCCUGGUACUCAGUCCUUAGGGAAACGGAACAGGGGCCAGAGUAAUUCGAGGCCCACGUUGGGUGCCAAAAAUUUGUUACCCGAUUGGGGUCUGAGUCCUGGAGCAGUUGAGCCAAUGAAACAUACUCCAAGUUACAAAGAGUGAGAAAGUUUAUUUAGGAGAUGUAUACAUCAGCCAGGACUCCGAGACAGGCUGUGUUGCUGCUGGGUCCCUGGUGAUGUAUACAUCUCCUGAAUAAACUUUCUCACACUUUCUGACUUGCAGUACAUUUCAUCGGCUCGACUGCUUCAGCACACGGACCCCAGUCGGCAAUCAUUGGGCAUCAGCAUGACCACUUCUCAGUUGCUGGUUUAUGUGGCAAUUUCAUCUCUCUGCAUCUUCAAAGUCAGCGCCAUGGAUACUUUUAUUGCAGCUGUUUAUGAGCAUGCAGUGAUAUUGCCCAAUACCACCCUAAAACCAGUGUCCAGUGAAGAGGCAUUGGCAUUAAUGAACCGAAAUCUGGAUGUUUUGGAGGGAGCUGUCACAUCAGCAGCAAAGCAGGGUGCCCAUAUUAUUGUGACUCCAGAAGAUGGUAUUUAUGGCUGGGGCUUCACCAGGGAAGCUAUCUACCCAUACUUGGAGGAUAUCCCAGACUCUCAAGUGAACUGGAUUCCUUGUAAUGAUCCCAGCAGAUUUGGUCACACCCCAGUACAAGAAAGACUCAGCUGCAUGGCCAAGAACAACUCUAUCUACGUUGUGGCAAAUAUUGGGGACAAGAAGCCGUGUGACACCAGUGACUCUCAAUGCCCCACUGAUGGCCGUUACCAAUACAACACUAAUGUGGUGUUUGAUUCUGAAGGGAAAUUGGUGGCACGCUAUCAUAAGCAAAACCUUUUCAUGGGCGAAGAUCAAUUCAAUUCUCCCAAGAAGCCUGAGAUUGUGACUUUCAACACCACCUUUGGGAAGUUUGGAAUUUUCACGUGCUUUGAUAUACUCUUUGAAGAUCCUGCUGUGACGCUGGUGAAAGAUUUUCACGUGGACACCAUCCUUUUCCCAACGGCUUGGAUGAAUGUUUUGCCACAUUUAUCAGCAGUUGAAUUCCACUCAGCUUGGGCUGUGGGGAUGGGUGUCAAUUUCCUGGCAGCUAAUUUACACCAUCCCUUUAUGCACAUGACAGGAAGUGGCAUCUAUGCACCAGAUUCUCCAAGAGGGUUUCAUUACGAUAUGAAGACAGAGGAGGGAAAACUCCUCCUUUCCCAGCUGGAUUCCCAUCCAUACCACUCUGCAGUGAAUUGGUCUUCUUAUGCCAGCAGUAUAGAAGCAAACUCAAUGGGAAACCAGGGAUUUAAGGGUACUGUCUUUUUUGAUAAUUUCACCUUUGUGGAGCUCAAGGGAGUCAUAGGAAAUUACACGGUUUGUCACAGAGACCUCUGUUGUCAUCUAAGCUACAAGAUGUCUGAGAAGAGAUCAGAUGAAGUUUACGCCCUGGGGGCAUUUGAUGGAAUACACACAGUUGAAGGAACUUAUUAUCUACAGUGACCCUCUAUGAAUGGAUAGUUCUUCUUCAGAAAACUUGUCUGAAACAAGUAAAAGAGAAAUAAGAUAAGUUAGACAGAGACUCAUAACAAAUUAUGGAUAACAUUUCAAAGAAUGGGAAUUCCAGAAUAACUAAUUGUGCCAUGAGGAACCUGCACAUAGACAAAGAGGCAGUGGUCUGAACAGAACAAGGGGAUACUGUGUGGUUUAAAGUUAGGCAAGAUGUGGGUCAGGGUUGUAUCAUUUCACAAUACUUAUCCAAUUUGUAUGCUCAGCAAAUAAUCUGACAAACUGGACUAUAGGAAGAAGAACACAGCAUUAGGACUGGAGGAAGACUCACUAACAAUCUGAGAUUUGCAGAUGACACAACCUUGCUUGCUGUGUCUUGAAGGACUUGAAGCACUUACUGAUGAAGAUCAAAGACCACAGCCUUCAUUAUAUGGAUUACACCUCAACAUAAAGAAAACAAAAAUCCUCACAACUGGACCAAUAAGCAACAUUAUGAUAAAUGGAGAAAAGGUUGAAAUCAUUAAGGAUUUCAAUUUACUUGGAUCCACAAUCAAUGCCCAUGGAAAAAGCAGUCAAGCAAUCAAAGGAUAUAUUAUGUUGAGCAAAUCUGCUGCAAAAGACCUCUUUGAAGUGUUGAAAAACAAAGAUGGACUGCCAAAAGAACAAACAAAUCUCUCUUAGAAGAAAUAGAGUCAGAAUGUUCAUUAGAAGCAAGCAUGGCAAGACUUUGUCUCAUGUAAUUUGGAUAUGUUAUGAGGAGGAAAUCAUUCCCUAGAAAAAGACAUCAUGCUUGGUUAAUAGAGAGUAAUUGAAAAACAGGAAGACCCUCAACGAAAUGGAUUGACACAGUGGUUACAACAAUGGGUUUAGGGAUAACAAUGAUUGUAGAGAUGGCAUAGGACCAGGCAGUGUUUCAUUCGGUUUUACAUAGGGUUGCUAUGAGCGUGCACUGACUUGAUGGCUCCUAACAACAACAGACAGACUCAGAAUUAGGAAAAGUUUCUUUUUUUCGACAACUGAGAAAGCCUAAAUUGUCUUUAUAGGUCUUAGAGAAAGGGUAAAAAGGAGGAAAUGAUGAAAAUACAGGAGAAUCAAUACUCCUAGUCAAUGCUUAUAGGUGCUGGAGGAAAGGGGAAAAAAUGGUGUCGUCAACACAGGUGGAAAGUGUCCAAACAACUGAGGUUUAGUUAAAUAAAUCAUCUUGUAGAAGAAGAUUUAUUGUUAUGUAAAUAUUACCAUAUAUUGCAUUGCCAUAUAUUGGGUUGUUGUUGUUAGGUGCAGUUGAGUUGGUUCUGACUCAUAGUGACACUAUAUACAACAAAAUGAAACACUUCCCAGUCCUACACCAUCCCCACAAUGGUUGUUAUGCUUGAGCCCACUGUUAUAGCCACUGUGUCAAUCCAUCUCAUUUAGGGUCUUCUUCUUUUUCACUGGCCCUCUACUUUACCAAGCAUGAUGUCCUUCUCCAGGGAAUGAUCCCUCCUGAUAACAUGUCCAAAGUAUGUGAGACGUAGUCUCGCUAUCCUUGCUUCUAAGGAGCAUUCUGGUUGUACUGUGCCAUAUAAAAUUUUUAAAUUAAAGAAAUUGUGAUAUAUAUUACUUUUUUGUGAUAAAUUUUUAAAGGAAAAAAGUUAAUUAAAAAAAAACAGCAAUCUCUCAGCUCUUUCUCACUCUCUCUUCUUCCUUCUCAAUCCCUCAAUCUUGGCUAGCCUCUCUGCCUCCUCCAGAGUCUUGGUUCCAUGUGGGAAAAAUAAUGGUAGGCUCCUUCUUACUGUUGGGAGAAAGGCUAGCUCUGUUGGAUUCUUCAGAGAGUAAUGAGCUCUAGUAAAACAAAUCCUUCUAUUGUUAUUACUGGUCAAUGGUCCCUUAUCCAAAUCACUGGGGCCAGACAUGUUUUGGAGUUCAGAGUUUUCCAGCUUGGAAAAGACCCUAAUGCACCUUACAUGACAUUAGCAGAAGAGUCUGGUGCAACACCCAGAAUCAAACGUGUUAAUAUUUCUCUUGGAAAGUAUUGGAAUAUUCACCUGAAUUUCUUUAAUAAGUAUACUAUAGCACUACGUUCAUUCAGGUUAGGUUUCAAUGCCAAAAGAAUUGCAGUAAUCCUUUCUUUUCAGAGAAUUUUGAGUUUGGGAAUUGAGGAUGAGACAUUUUGUUAUUGUAUUAUAUUGAUAAUCUUUCAUAGAUCAACUCUGAUGAUCUAUUAUGCUAGAAUGGCUCUGUUACCACCAAAUACUACUUCCUAACCAAGGGAGAGAAGAGGAAGAAAAUGAGGUGAAUAUGAAAUAAACCCCCACCUGGCCACACAUUUUCUCCAAGUGUUCUGUACAAAUAUGAACACUUUUUAAAACCCUUAAGAAAUUGGGGAAAGAAGGAAGAUGUGUUUUUUUAUAGAGCAGGGAGUGGUAACAGGUUGACUAAAGGAGCUUGAAGAAAGUAAAGAUUUGGAACAGUUGUGCAGGGGAGUGGGAGAAGGAGCAACCUAAAUAUUUUAAAGAAUUAUAGAAGAAAGGAGUGAAUGAAGGAAUGAAGUCAUUACCUUUACCCAGUCUACUUAGGAUCUUUUCCUUUUUAGCCUACCUGCACCCUUAGUCUUUCCCAUAUCCUUCCAUCAAGGUGAGUUAUCCAAUCACCAGCUCCUAAGCCCUCAGACUAUAAAACCUAUUCCAUGGCAGUAUAAGGAAUUACAGAUUAAAAAUGGUUAAAAAAAAAAUUAAAUACCAAAGCUUGAGAUAAUGUAUUGUGAACCUGGAUCUGGGGUCAGAAAAUCCGGAUGAAUCCCUGCUUCACUGUGAAGUAGCCACCUGGCUGUGGGCCAACCCCUUAGCCUCUCUGGUUCCUCAUCUGUGACAUUUGGAUUGAUUUUAUUUCAGCAAAUAUUCAUGUAAUACCUGCUUUGUUCUAGAUACCUCCUAGAUUCUGGAGUUCUCAAGAUAAGUAAGACAGAUAUAGUCACUGCUUUCAUAGGGUUUAAGUCAAGUGGGCAGAAAACCAAAACCAAACCAAAUACUUUGCCGUCGAGUCAAUUCCAACUCAUAGUGACCCUGGAGGAUGGAGUAAACUCUCCCACUGGGUGUCUAAGAUGUGGCUGCUGGAUUUGAACUGUCGACCCCUUGGUUAGCAGCCAUAGCUCUUAACCACUGCACCACCAGUUCUCCAGAGGCGAGAGGUAUCAAAUAAAAAACUAAGAAUAUCACAUUUUCUUUCACAAUGGAAAGAAACAAGGCUACAGGAAUUGAUAGAAUGCCAAUUAAGAUGCUUCGGCAAAUGGAUGCAAUACUGGAAGUGCUCACUAGUCUCUGCCAUGAAAUAUGGAAGGCAGUUACCUGGCCAAUAUCCAUAUUCACGCCCAUUCUAAAGAAAGGUAAUCCAAUGGAAUGCAGAAAUUAUCAAACAAUAUCAUUAAUAUCACACGCAAGUAAAAUUUCACUGAAGACAAUUAAAAAUGGCUGCGGCCAGAAAUUAAAACUGGAUUCAGAAGAGGACAUGGAACAAGGGAUAUUAAUGUGAUGUUAGAUCAAUCUUGGCUGAAAGCAGAGAAUACCAGAAAUAUGUUUACCUUUCUUUUAUUGACUAUGCAAAGGCAUUCAACUGUGUGGAUCACAAAAAAUUAUAGAUAGCAUUGUGAAGAAGAGGAAUUCUAGAACACUUAAUUGUGUUCAUGUGGAACCCAUUCACAGACUAUGAGACAUUCGUUGGAUACUGUGUGGUUUAAAAUCCAAAAAGGUGUGGGUCAGGGUUGUGCCCUUUCACCAUACUUAUUUGUCCUGUAUGUUGAGCAAAUAAUCUGAGAAGCUGGACUACUCAAAGAAGAACAGAGCAUCAGGAUUGGAGGAAGACUCAUUAACCACCUGCAAUAUGCAGAUGAUAUAACCUUGUUUGCUGAAAGGGAAGAAGACUUGAAGCACUUACUAAUGAAGAUCAAAGACCACAGCCUUCAGUAUGGAUUACACCUCAACAUAGAGAAAACAAAAAUCCUUACAACUGAACAAAUAAGCAACAACAUGAUAAAUGGAGAAAAGAUUGAAGUUGUCAACAAUUUCAUUCUACUUGGAUCCACAGUCAAAGUCCAUAGAAGCAGCAGUCAAGAAAUCAAAUGACGUAUUGCAUUGGGCAAAUCUGCUACAAAAGACCUCUUUAAAGAGUUGAAAAGCAAAGAUAUCACUUUAAGGACUAAGGUGUGCCUGACCUAAGCCAGGGUAUUUUCAAUCACCUCAUAUGUAUGCGAAAGCUGGACAAUGAAUAAGGGAGAUCAAAGAAGAAUUGAUGUAUUUUAAUUAAUGUUUUGACAAAGAAUAUUGAAUAUACUAUGGACUGCCAGAAGAACAAACAAUUCUGACGUGGAAGAAAUACAGACAGUAUGCUCCUUAAAAGUGAGGAUGGUGAGACUUCAUCUCACUGAAUGUGGGUCAGGAGGGACCAGUCUCUGGAGAAGGGCAUCUUAUUUGGUAAAGUAGAGGGUAUACAAAAAAGAGGAAGAUCCUCAAGGAGAUGGAUUGACAUAGGGGCUGCAACAAUAGGCUCCUCCAACACAGCAAUGAUUGUAAGGAUGGCCCAGGAUGGGGGAGCAUUUUCUUCUGUUAUGCAUUUGGUCACUAUGAGUCAGAACCGAUUUGAGGGCACCUUACAACAGCUACCACAAGACGAUUGAAUG